AUGGCGACCUACCUCGACCACCAGAAUCUGCCGCAGUCUAGCUUCGAUAACUCCUCUGCCCAUUCAGGACAGCGCCCCACAAGCCAGUCGCAUACUAGCACGGCAGGCCAAAGUAGCGGCGAUGGAAACUAUAUUCCCCGCCCCAAGCGUAUCGCAUGCGCCGUCUGCCGGCGAAGGAAGCUCAGAUGCGAUGGAAAGAAACCAAGCUGCGGAACUUGCUCUCGGUUGAGCCAUGAAUGCACCUACGACGAGGCGCGCAAGAAGAGUGGACCCAAAAGGGGAUAUGUGAAGCAGCUGGAAGCUCGAUUAGCCCAGGUUGAAACGCUGCUCAAAACGCAAGAACCUCCUACUAUCCCGCAAACUCAAGCACCGAGCUUCCCCGUUCCAAUACCCGAUGAACCAACAGAUAUGACCGAUGUUCCUCUGAUUGGACAUGAAUUCAACCCUUCUGUUCCUCUCCCUGAAGAAUCGUCAAAUACCGGUCCCGCGCCAUCAUUCGUGCCCGAAGGAAUGAGUAGACCGAAUACAUUUGGGUGGGAUAUGAUUAGUCUGGGACUGGAGGAACCUCUCCCCGCUCAGGAGAUCAUAGAUGAUCUAACCCGAAUCUACUUCGAGAAAAUUCAUCCUGUUAUGCCAAUUAUACAUCGUCCUAGACACCUAGCCGCUAUGGAUUUCGCUCCUAACGCUAGACCUCCGAUAUGCUUGCAAUACAUUAUUUGGUGCCAAGCUGCAUCGACGGACGAUAAAUAUUCUAAUCUGCACGGUUUAUUUUAUCAACGUGCACGCAAGUACGCCGAGUUGGAUGAGAUGAAAGGCCUUGGGGAGUGCAUCCUCACGUUGGCACAUGCUCAGACAUGGUUACUUAUUGCGGCAUACGAGUACAAGAUGAUGUUCUUCCCAAGGGCGUGGCUUAGUUCGGGGAAAACUGCGAGGCUAGCACUGAUGAUGGGGCUUCACCGGUUGGAUGGUCUUGGUCUUGAGGUGAAGCAGUGCUUAGCACCACCAAGGGAUUGGGUGGAAAAGGAGGAGCGACGGAGGGUUUUCUGGAUGACGUUCUGUGUCGACAGAUAUGCAAGCAUUGGAACCGGAUGGCCGGUGGUCCUUGAUGAGAACGAUAUUUUGACGAAUCUUCCUGCGAGCGAGGACUCAUUCGUUAAAGGUAACCAAGAGGAGACUGCCCGCCUGAGCGAAGUUUUGGUGGGUGAGAAGCUCUCGACACUGGCACCAUUUGCAAGUGUCGCGUUCUUAUCAUGCAUGUUUGGGCGAAACCUGACCCAUCUCCAUCGCCCCGAGCCCCAGGACAAUGAUAGCGACCUGAAUGGAAUUUUCUGGCAGCGGCAUAGGUCGCAUGAUAAUAUUCUGCUUCACUUCGCCUUGUCCAUGCCAAGCUGCCUAAGAUUGCCUACAGGGAUGGCCGAUCCGAAUGUGAUCUUUUGCAAUAUGGCUGUCCACACAUCCACGAUUUGUCUUCAUCAAGCGGCGAUUUUCAAGGCCGAGAAGAAUAAAAUGGCGGAGCAGAUUAUCCUGGAAAGCAAACGCAGGUGCAUUGUUGCUGCCGAUCAAAUUUCGAGCAUUAUGAAGAUGGUUAGCUGCAUGGAUAUGGCCACUACUCAAGCUAAUAGCAGGCAGAUGAAUCCUUUCAUGGCUUUCUGUGUCUACGUGGCUGCACGCGUCUUUGUUCAAUAUCUGAAGUUCCGUCCUGAUGACACCGCAGCGCGGUCUUCCCUGCAGUUUGUCUUUUCUGUUCUUGACGCCUUGAAAAAUAAGAAUCCUUUGACUGAGUCUUUCCUUGUUCAAUUGGAUGUUGAUAUUGAGGGUACCCCGUUCCAAGACCUUCGUCUGCCUACAAGCAAUCGGAUGCCUUUCAUCCAUAUGCAAGGAAAUAAGAUUUCACCCGCGGUGGGCGAGAUGCCAUGUCAUUUUUUACCUGAUAGGAGCCAUCCUCGCCAGGACUCGGGAACCUGGGGCCCUCCUGCUGGUCUUCGGUCAAAUCUUCCUGUCUGUCUUCCAAACCGAUCAAAACAACCUCGGGUAGAACAAUCAAGCUCAAGCCGGGGUAAAAAGCCCGCAAACACCGCCACUAGCCUUCCUGGGUUCAGCAAGACCCUUUAUAAUUUCGACGGGACCGAAUCUAGGGUUUUGGGCACUGUCCUAGAUCUGGAGCUCCCGUCAACAUUUAACGACCACGGCACCUCUGUCCCAAGCAACUCAGCCCCAGAAACCUCCACCCCAUCCACCAUGAACUCAUCGUCUAGUGGUGCCUCCACUUUGAGAACUGAUCAAUCUUCAUCCCCCAAAGAAACCCAACAGUCGUCCCUCAACACCUCCAUCCAAGAUUCGGUCGGCUCAUUCGACGGAACAAACAUCAACCAAUAUAUGAACACCUCCACAUCCAACCCUUUCUUCUCAACCGGUAUAAUAACUCCCCUAAACUCUACUGAAUCCGACGGAUCUCUUCCAAUGCCAUCUACCUGGGAUUUCCCUAUGAAUGUCAACUCGAACUCCACCGACGACAAUAUUGACCUAAUGGUAGCGGGAUUGGACUCGCUCAAUGGGGCCCAGUGGGCAAAUAUUCUGGGCUCGGGGGGUUGGAAUCCAUGA